UUAAGCUUCUCUUUCUCAUUAAUCUUUUAGCUGCAGCCAUGGCAGUAACUCAAGCCCAAUCCCUUGCCGGCUGUCCCGACAAAUGCGGUGACGUGGACAUUCCUUAUCCAUUUGGUGUCGGGGUACAACCUGGUACUUCUCGAAACUGUUUCUUGGAUCAGUCAUUCAAUCUCACUUGUGACAACGCCACAUCCACGUUGUACUUUGAGAAGCACCCAGUCUCCAACAUAUCCCUUCAACAAAGUCAAAUGGACAUUUCAAUGCUCAUCUCCAAAGGUUGUUACAAUCGAACAGGCAAGUUUCACGAUCUUUACACCAAGGGUUUCACGAUUUCCAGCACCCAAAACAAGUUCCUCAGUAUUGGUUGUGAUGCUUUGGGCAUCAUUAGAUUCAACAAGAACUUUACUCAUUAUAGUGGCUGCGUGGCUCUAUGUGACACAGACAAACCACCUCCAAAAGAUAUGAUUGAUAAGACUUGUUCAGGGACUGGGUGUUGCCACGUGGAUAUUCCUGCAGGAAUGAAUAAUAUCAGCUUUUAUGCAGCUAGUGUCGAUAACCAUACCAACGUGUGGAGAUUCAACAACUGUAGUGCUGCUUUUGUUGCUAGAAAUGAUUGGUUUAGUUUCUCUCUUGAUUAUCUACAAAACUUUCCCAUAGAUAGGGCACCACUUGUUGUGGAUUGGACUGUUUCAAAUGUUACUUGUCAAACUGCCGCUAAUUCUAGUAAUGAAGAAGAUUUUGCCUGCAAAUCCAACACAGAUUGUGUAGAUUCCAGUGAUGGAGUUGGGUACACUUGCACAUGUAAAUCUGGCUUUCAGGGAAAUCCAUACCACCCAAGUGGAUGUCACGAUGUUGAUGAGUGUAGCAGACCGAAUAACUGUAGUAUGCCGAAUCAAUGUCGGAAUUUCAAUGGGACCUACCAAUGUUCUUGUCCAUCUGGAUAUAAAGGCGACGGCUACACUAAUGGAAGGGGAUGUACUUUGGACGCUCCUCAAUCUAAUCAACAAUUACUUAUUCUCAUAAUUGCAUUAGGUAUUAGUGUAGCCUUGUUGGUUGUCAUUACAUUGAUAUCCACAUUAUAUUGGUCGCAUAAGCGAAGAAUUCUAAAACAGCUCAAAGAGAGAAAUUUUGAGCAGAAUGGAGGAUACAUGUUGCUACAACAACUUUCACAACAUCAAGGUUACAGUGACAAAACCAAAAUAUUUACAGAAGUUGAGCUUAAUGAUGCCACAAACAACUUUGAUCAAAGUAGAAUUAUUGGUCAUGGUGGACAAGGCACAGUUUAUAAAGGUAUAUUACCAGACAAUACUCUUGUUGCCAUCAAGAAGUCCAAAGUAGAAGGGAAUUCAAGGCAAAUUAAGGAUUUUAUCAAUGAAGUGUUUGUUCUUUCUCAAAUCAACCAUCGUAAUGUUGUCAAACUUUUGGGGUGUUGUCUCGAAACUGAUGUCCCAUUGUUAGUUUAUGAGUUUGUGGAUAAUGGAACUCUUCUUAAGCACAUUGAUCCUUCAAAGAAUGAGCUUUCUUUUACAUGGGAGACUCGAUUAAGGAUAGCAGCAGAAACUGCUGAGGCUAUUUCAUAUUUACACUCUUCUGCUUCUAUUCCAAUUAUUCAUCGAGAUAUUAAAUCUACUAACAUACUCUUAGACCAUAACCUCAAAGCAAAGGUAUCUGAUUUUGGAGCUUCAAGACUUAUUCCUCUAGAUGAAACUCAUGUUACUACUAUGGUACAAGGAACAUUUGGAUAUUUGGAUCCAGAAUAUCUUCACAUAGGUCAAUUGAAUGAUAAGAGUGAUGUUUAUAGUUUUGGAGUUGUACUUAUUGAGUUACUCACCGGAAACAAAGCAAUUGAAUUUAGAUGGCCAGAACAUGUAAAUUUGGCAAUGCAUUUUGUGUCUUCAAUGAGAGAAAAUCAAUUUUGGGAAAUUCUUGACAAACGAAUAUUAGAACAAAAGAAUGCAAAGCAAUUGAAGGAAGUAGCUUUAUUGGCAAUGAGGUGUGUAAGAGUAAAAGGAGAUGAAAGGCCCACAAUGAAGGAAGUAGCAAAGGAACUAGAGGGUCUAAUUGCAAUGGACAAACAUCCUUGGAUGAAGAAUGAAGAUCUUAUGCUAGAAGAAAGUGAAUACUUACUUGGUCAUUUACCUAAUUUAGAUGGGGCAAUAAUUGGUGCUGGUACUUUAGCUUGUUAUGAUUGCAUGUUGAAGGAGAUUGCAUCUGAAAUUGCAGAUGGACGAUGAUCAUUUGGCUUUCAAAUGUUGGGUUCCAAUUUUAUUCUUAUUGUUUCAUGGUAAUUUAUAUAGGUACAUCUUUUUAAUCAUGCUAUUUGUAUAUUGAAAAUGCAUGCUGAUGGAUGUCAUGAUCAUGAGACCAUUUAAUUAGUUGGUUUUGGCAAGAUUGGGGGGAUUUCCAAACAUUUUAGAGUUGUUUAAGUUUUUCUCUUCACUCCUAUAAACUAGAUUGAUUAUAUUGUCAACAACUAAGAGAUGUAUGUGAAUUUGUUUGGAUCACUAA